AUGUUUUCCGCAAAACCUGCCGGCGGCUUGUCCAUAAACACCAAUUCCGCCAAUUCGCUCUUUGGUGGUGCCAAUAAUGCCCAAACUUCCUCGUCCACAGCAACGCCAGGGUCGACAACUACCUCCGGUCUAUUUGGGAAUCUAGGGGGCUCGACUCCGCAAUCAAAACCUGCCGGCGGUCUAUUUGGGAACACUCUGGGCGGUGGAAACACGCAGCAAACGCAGUCUGGAUCGAGCUUGUUCGGAGGCCUGGGCGGGCAGCAACAGCAACAGCAGAACAACAAGACUUGCGGAGGUGUUUUUGGAAACACUACGCCGGCUGCCUCUCAACCGCAAACCAACGGUCUUUUCGGAGGUACUGCGGGUGCGAAUAAUACCAUGUCGGCCCAGCCUAAGCCCGCUUUCGGUCUCGGGGGCUCUACAACCACUGGCGGUGGGCUCUUGGGCAGCUCCGCUUUGAAUAACACGCAAACGCAGCAGCAACAGCAACAGCAACAGCCCCAGAAACCUACACUAUCGCUCUUUGGAAACCAGAACCAACCUGCGGCUCAACAAGCGCCACCCCCAUCGACGCUGUCAAACACCGUGGUUCCCGGGGUUAUCGUGGAUAUCAGUAAUCUUUUACCGACUACGAAGUUUGAAAGCUGCGCCAGCGAAAUCAAGGCCGAGCUGGAACGCUUCGACAACGCCGUCCUUGCGCAAAUCCAGAUGUGCAAUGAGAUUGCCAACAUGAUCCCCAGCAUUGCGGCGCAGGGCGAGACCAUUCCCAACGACGUGGAGUUCGUCCAGGGGAAAUUAGAGACUAUGCAGCACGCUCUCGAGAACGAUGCGGGCGACAUCGAUCAGUUGCGGGGCCUCGUGGCGCGGGAUGCGGCGGAAGCACAGGUUGCUUUCCGUGCGAUUGACACGCUGAAAUUGCCGCUGCAGUUCCAGUCCGCCGGGGGUCCAGGAUGGUGGUCCGUUCAAGAUCAGAAAAUGUCCGACCGACAGUCGCUGCGGUCAAGCCGGAAGAAUACCUUGGCACUUCCCGACGAUGUCGAAGCCGAUCCGUCUACUGCUACCGCCAUCAACGGCGUUCCUGUCAACCUUGUGGACUACUUCUCUCAGCGAUCGGACGACAUGGGAGGCGUCCUCGACCAAUACACCCAGAACCUGAAAGACAUCGAAGACCAUCUUCAUGGUGUGGAGUCAACUCUUGAACGACAGAUUCACGAAUUCUUGACUUCUCGGAGCCGCGAUGGUACAUCUUCCGGGGCGUCUAAAACAGUCCUCAGCGACUUGACGGCCGUUCUGGGCGACGUGGAAGCUGGUAUUCUGGGUGUGGCCAGUCGUCUUGGACAAGUGACUGAGCAAGCGCAAGAGGUCGUCCUCGGUCCACCCUCUGUUGAUGGGAGACUUGGGCUGUGA